AAUCGUCGUUCUUCCUCCGUACAGUCCGUAACAUUGCACACAGAUGUUGGAGAUAUAAAACUGGAACUAUUCUGUGAAGAUUGUCCCAAGGCAUGUGAAAACUUUUUGGCUUUGUGUGCCAGUGAUUAUUAUAAUGGUUGUGCAUUUAUUCGUAAUAUUAAGGGAUUCAUUGUGCAGAGUGGUGACCCGACAAAUACCGGUAAAAAUGGUAAAUCAAUAUGGGGUCAUAAAUUUGAAGAUGAGUUCAAAGAUCAUUUGAAGCAUUCGGAUCGUGGCAUGCUUUCAAUGGCCAACAAUGGACCCAAUUCCAAUGCUAGUCAAUUUUUUAUAACCUAUGCUGCCCAACCAAAUCUCGAUUUGAAAUAUACGCUAUUCGGUCGUGUUAUUGAUGGUUUUGAUGCCUUAGAUGAAUUGGAGAAGUUACCGGUAAAUCCAAAAACCUAUAGGCCGCAUGCCGAAAAGAAGAUCAAUAGUGUGACAAUACAUGCAAAUCCCAUAGCUGGAUGA